UUACGCUCUUUCCAGUUCUCGUUUGUGAAGCUUUAAGACAACUUCGGUAGGUCUAGUACAUCGGUACUUCCUUCCUAGCUAAUAAUUUCCCUUGAAGUUCAAUUCCUAUCGUUAAACUGAAAUGAAUCCUUUUCCCGUUAUUCCUCCAAAUCAUGGAAUGAGUCAAAGCAUCAAUACUUCUCCACAGAAUGCAGCGCACGUUUCGCAUAUUCUUCUUUUGUUGCUCAUUGGAGUUCUAGCUUCUUUAGGAGCGCCUCCACCUACUUUACCUUCGCCUGGAAGUUUCAAGGCACGAUGCACGGUUGCUAAUCAAGAAUAUGAUAUCAACGAGACAUGGUACAAAUAUUUAAGAACACCAAAUGCCAACCUCUGUGUUCGCUGCUUGUGCAAAGCGGAUGGAGCUUCAAGUUCAAUAAACUGUGUGAAUAUUACAUGCGACCCAAACACUUGUGCAGAAACUAAAAAGGAUGCUUGCUGCGAUAUCUGCCAAGGCGCUUCCGAAGAAGUAAAGCUUGACCAAAGCCUGAAUACUGAUACAAAAAGUGAAGAUCCCAAACUGCCUUGCCUGCACAAUGGAAGAGUAUAUCAACAUGGGGAAGAAUUUUCAUCCAAUGCUACUGGGCUUCAAGCACAAAAGCCAAACCAGUGCAUUCACUGCAUGUGUCAAACCGGCUUGGUGCUUUGCCGUCUCAGAAACUGUGACUCUGUCCAAUGUCUUUCUUCUGAUACAAAGGAUUGUUGCCCAACAUGUAAAGAUGAACCGGUAAAUGAACACGAAAGUCAAUCAAAUCCGGUUCUGGUUACAAUAAUGGUGUCAGAUGGUCAGUCACAAAGUGGAGAUUGUACUGCUGCCGGUGUCACAUACAGUCAUGGAUCAUCCUGGCAUCCUGUGAUAGGACCGUUUGGGCCUAUGGACUGCGUUUACUGCAAAUGCCAAAAUGGAAAAAUAGAAUGUAGUCGGUUGAAUUGUCCAUCUGUCCAAACACUAUCCUGCUCAAAACCAAUCCAAGUUCCUGGUCAUUGCUGCCCGCUGUGUACUGAUGAAGGCCAAGGAGUAACACCAGUUGUUCAGCCAAAUUUAUAUCAGCCUUCCAUUUCUGUUACCAUGCAGCAAAAAGGCACACAUCUCGAUAAAGAUGUUAGAACAAUGGCAGAUUUCAUAGAAGAAUGCCUACCUCCUGAAACAAAUACUUUAGUUCAUCGAAGUCAGGCUUCUAGCGUCUCCAGCUCUUAUUAUCAAUACGCUUUCCAGUCACUGACCGGUGACCAUAGCACGAGGUUGCUCACUUGGACCAUAGUAGACGGUCAAAUUGGCGAUUUUUCGGAGCAACAUCUUUCUAAAGAAGAACUGAAGCAACUCAUGGGAACCUUCCAAUUCAAGCUGCAGGGGGCUACGAGAACCAAGUUCAUGGAAAAAUUCAUCCGUAAAGCCAAACGACUGCCAGAUCGUUGUGGGACCCGAUGUGUAACCAAAAUACAACGUUUGGAACAAGUCCUUCAUCUAAGAGAAAUCGUACAGACACCAGAAUGUCUUGCACAAGACUUCACACUCUAUUAAUCAACUAACCACAUCUUUUUUUAUUUGAAAUUUGAAAGUAUUGGAAACAAAGUAUGAAGAUAUAUCAUUAGGAACGUGACGCUACUACUAGUUGCCAUUUUUUUCAUGUGACUGUCGUCAAAUUUAGCACUUUGAAUCGUUUAGCAUUCAAACUGUUUCUCUAGCUGCAUUCUCAUCAUCUUUUUGAAUGACUUUCAAAGCAUUCCUAUUUUACAAGACAAGCAUCAGUUUUCUCAGAUGUAUAUACACGUGAUACUAAAACACUGUUGUUCUGUAUCGUAUUUGCAAUUCCUUAUUAAAACAAGUACGUC